CAGCUCCCCCAACUUCCAAAAAAACAUCACAGAGUUGAGAAAAAACACACAUAUAUCUGUCCAGCAUUUAGUGUCCAAAAACCGCGUCAUUUUCUCUCUGCACAACAAUGGUGACGCCCCUAGUCCUCCGUCGUCUUCUCCUCCUCUUCGUACUACUAGAUCUCUUCUCCGCCGUGGCCUCCGCCUCCGCCUCCGCCAACACGACAACAACAGAGUAUCUAAAACUCCCAUUACUCCACAAAACCCCAUUCACCACCCCAACACAAGCCCUCUCAUUCGACUUAAACCGCCGUCUCUCUCUUCUCAACAACCACAAACUCACCUCCUUCAAAUCCCCCGUUAUCUCCGGCGCUUCAUCCGGCUCCGGCCAGUACUUUGUGUCCUUACGCAUUGGUACUCCGCCGCAGACGCUUCUCUUAGUGGCGGACACUGGCAGCGAUCUCAUUUGGGUUAAAUGCUCCGCCUGUAAAAACUGCUCACUUCGCUCGCCACGCUCCGCAUUUCUCGCGCGUCACUCUGCUUCAUUCUCUCCGUUCCACUGCUUCUCCAAGCAAUGCCGGCUUGUCCCCCACCCGCACCCGAAUCCGUGUAACCGCACGCGCUUACACAGUCCGUGUAGAUACGAGUACUCGUACGCUGAUAGUUCGGUUACCAGUGGAUUCUUCUCUAAAGAGGCUUUGACUUUGAAUACAAGUACUGGUAAGUUAAAAAAACUCAACAGCUUGUCUUUCGGGUGCGGGUUUCGGAUCUCGGGUCCUAGCUUAACCGGUGCAAGUUUUGAAGGUGCUAACGGUGUUAUGGGUUUGGGUCGGUCCCCCAUUUCGUUUUCUUCACAGUUGGGUCGUCGUUUCGGUAAUAAAUUCUCUUAUUGUCUGAUGGACUACACUAUAUCUCCACCUCCUACUAGUUUCUUAACAAUCGGCGGCGGCGGCGAUGGUGGUGUCGAAAACGGCGUCGUUUCCAGGAGUAAAACGAUGCGAUACACGCCGUUAAUUGUUAACUCUUUGUCGCCAACGUUUUAUUACAUUGGGAUCAAGAGUGUUUUCAUCAAUGGUGUGAAAUUACCGAUUGAUCCUUCCGUCUGGUCAAUUGAUGAUUUGGGUAACGGUGGAACCAUUAUUGACUCAGGGACGACAUUAACGUUUAUAACGGAGCCAGCUUACAGUGAGAUUCUAAAGGCUUUUAAGAAGCGGGUUAAGUUACCGAGUCCGAUUCAGUUAACACCCGGGUUUGAUCUUUGUAUGAAUGUAUCGGGCAUUUCGAGACCGGUUUUGCCGAAAAUGAGAUUUGAAUUCGCUGGUGGGUCGGUUUUUUCGCCGCCUCCGAGAAACUAUUUUAUCGAAACGGGUGACCAAGUGAAGUGUUUGGCGGUUCAACCCGUUAACCCAGAUGGCGGGUUUUCUGUAUUAGGGAAUCUUAUGCAGCAGGGAUUUUUGUUGGAGUUUGAUAGAGACAAAUCGCGGCUCGGUUUUUCACGUCGCGAUUGUUCAUUACCGUGACAGAUUAAACGAUGCCGUUUUGGUUAUUUUUAAUUUUUUUCUUAUUGAAUUUUUAAUGAUCAAUUGUUGCUAAAUAUAUAAAGUUUUUAUAUUUUGGACAUUAUGAAAGUUGCCUUUUUAUCCAGGAGAAAAUGAAAAUUGGGAUCAACACAAUAUCAUUUUAA